ACCAGAUUGUCACUCGAGCCAAGGUACAAGGUACUGAUCAAGAAUUUUCUCUUUCAAUAAUAAUCCUAAAGUAAAAAAAGAGAGCAGUCCACAUUAUUUUCCACUACGUAUGUCAACAACUUGGUUUUCUGGUCAAGAUAAUAUUGAGGACAAUUACUCUUUUUACCCCAAGGCCAUGGUAAAUAGCAAUAUUUUACCAUGGCUGUAUUCUGCCCCUUGAGUUUUGGGAGAAUGAUGGUUCAGCCCAGGAUCAGAAUUUGUAGGCCCAAAGUACUGUUGGGGUAGGUGCCAACUCGAAUUGAUGCCAAUUCACGGGCGAGAGUUGAUGCAUAAAGUGUUGGUUGUUGACCUUUUGAACGUUAGCUCUACAGUAGAAAGCGAAAUAUCAGAAAUCUGCAUUGGGCUUGUCCAUACUUUUCCAUGAAUUUUUUGUUUUUGUCUAUAGUACACACUUGUGGGGCCAAUUAAUGCUUUUUUUUUUUUGUUUGCACUCUUACUAUUGUCGACCACAUAAAAAACUUCUUACCAAAAAAAAUAAAAAAAGAAAGACCGCAUAAAAAGCUGCUUUUUAUCAUCCUUCUUCAAUCUUCAUAUUGAUGAGACAGCGUGGAGUACUGAUUCAAUGACCUUUUUGGGCAUCUGAGAUACUAAUACAGCACCUGUUGCCUGCUUAACCACCUCUGGGGUCUGGAGUCUGGACCGAGGUUCCCUUGGCUCUGCCUUCCGUAUGGAGAGUGGCGAGGCUCUUAAGGAAACGUCAUCAUUUUAAUUUCUUUCCCUAGAUCUGCGUCAACUGAUAACUCUGGUGUUCCUUUAGUUGAUUCAACUAGUCAUUGAUAGAGUAUGUUAUUCCACCAUGAGAAAUUUUUUAAUCAGUUUUUCAAUGACUUCCAUUACAGAGCUGUUCCUCACCACUCUGUUUCGUAUGAAGUUGUUCCUCACCACUCUCCAUACGAAAGGCAGAGCCAAGGGAAAUUGAUAGAGUAUGUUAUUCCACCAUGAGAAAUUGUUUAAUCAGUUUUUCAAUGACUUCCAUUACAGAGGUAGGGUGCUUUCUUUCGAUCAUUUCACUAAUCCAUAUUUCAACCAAUCAUGUUAAUUAGUUAAAGUCUUGCUUAAUUUUCAUUAUAUAUAAAAAAUAAAUAUUUUAUCUAACGGAGGAGUUAAUGCCUUGGUCAAUUGCUGCACCAAAUAGCUAGGACUCUUACUACAUGAGUGAGCACAGGUUGGCAUUAUUUUAUUAUAUUAUUGGAUCAGUAGAGAUAAAAAAUGAAGGUAAUAGGACAUACGGAGAUUGCAAACCAUAUAAAAAAUGGCUUUUCAUUAUUUAUAUAUAGAGAAAGCUGGCAUAAAUCAGGAUGCUUCGGAACUUUGUGAAGGGCUCUUUCAAUCCUCCACUCAUUGCAAAAGAAGAAUGGAGAAGAAUCGUCCUGCAAAUCUCAGCUAUCCAGAGAAGACAACUACUGUGAAUUCACUUUCUUCUCGCGAAAUGCAUUCAUUAUGCACAUUGUGUGACACCCUUUUGCCGUCUAUCAACCAUUCUGCCACUGACGAAGAUGAUUCUCUCUCCAAUUUUUAUUGGGCUUCUGCUUCCACCACUGCAACUCCACAACUUGUUGCAGGAAUUAUAACUGAAAAGUUACCACUUCCAAAGGCGGGUAUCCUCCGCUUAACUCUAUGGCUCCUCUCAACAUGGUUCGGAACGUUUAUAUUGACUGGGAAAUCCAGUUUGUCAACUAAAUUCCCCUACUUCCAGAAAUUCUCUCAGGUUUCACAGAAGAAACGGGAGGAGAUACUUCUUUCAUGGUCAACCAGUUCAUUUAGCUUGCUGAGGAUGUUGUUCAAAAUCUUCAAGCUUCUCCUUCUAUUCGUCUUCUUCACUCAGGUGGACGAGAAGAAUGAGAACCCAUCAUGGAAGGCUCUAGGCUACUGUGGUCCAGAUCCAGAUUUCAAACACCAAACUCAAGCAUCCAAAACAGACCAAGAUGAUUUAACUUCAGAAGAAGAGGAGAAAAAAGAAGAGCUCUUUGGGCCUCUCUAUAGACGCCUCAUCAAUCCAAGGCACCCAAGACAAAGUAUCGCAGAAUACCUUGAACAAUCUGGGUUUCCUGUCACAAUAAACCAUUUUCAUGGAAACAAGACUCCCUCGAUAUCUUCUCCUUCUUUAACUAUAAGAUGUGAUGCAGUCGUAGUGGGAUCCGGGUCUGGUGGCAGUGUAGCAGCUGCUGUUCUUGCCAAAGCAGGCUACAAGGUGCUCGUCUUAGAGAAGGGAAAAUACUUUGCAAGAAACAAUCUUUCACUUCUGGAAGGACCCAGUCUCGAGCAAAUGUACCUAGACGGUGGUCUCACAGCCACCGACGAUCUGGGCGUCUUCCUUUUUGCAGGCGCCACCGUUGGUGGAGGCUCCACGGUCAAUUGGUCUGCUUCGAUACGAACUCCUGGUCAUGUCAUGGAGGAAUGGUGUUACAGUCACAAGCUUGAGUUAUUUGAUCGCAAGCCUUACAAUAGAGCCAUGGAUGUCGUCUGCAAUCGAAUGGGAGUUCAAGUUGAUACUCGGGAAGAAAGCUUUAACAAUGCAGUGUUAAGAAGAGGGUGUCUUGAGUUGGGCUACCCAGUGAGCAGAGUCUCGCAAAAUGCGCCAAUGGAUCACUACUGUGGGUGGUGUGGUUUUGGGUGCAAGGACGGAAAGAAGCAGGGCACCGCAGAGACAUGGCUGGUCGACUUGGUGGAUUCAGGUAAUGGCGUUAUUCUUCCAGGCUGUGAGGCCUUGAAGGUCUUACAUGAGAGAAAGAGGAGGAACGACAGAAGCACAGCCAUUGGGGUAGCUUUCAGAUUAGAUAAUGGCAGUGGAGGACAUGAUAUUUGUGUUGUUGAAUCGAAGGUGACAGUGGUUGCUUGUGGUGCUCUAAGAACACCUGUACUGUUAAAGAGAAGUGGAUUGAAGAAUACCAACAUCGGAAAACACCUCCGUGUUCAUCCAGUUGUGUUGGCAUGGGGCUACUUCGCUGAUGAACCAGCUUCAUCAAAUGGUGAUGAGUGGGUCAAAGAUAAACGGAGCUAUGAAGGGGGCAUACUCACAUCAAUGUCGACAGUUGUUGCAGGGUUUGAGGGCUCCGGCUAUGGUGCAAUUCUACAGACCCCAUCGUUGCACCCAGGUUUGUUCUCAGUUCUGAUGCCGUGGGUUUCAGGUGCUGACUUCAAAGAGAGGAUGUCUAGGUUCUCAAGGACCGCCCAUGUGUUUGCUUUGGCGAGAGACAAAGGAUCAGGUCAGGUGAACUCAGAAAGCUCGCUGAGUUAUCGACUGGAUGCCAUAGAUGAAGAGAAUUUAAGCAAGGGAGUAGAGAAGAUGCUAAGAAUAUUGGCAGCAGCAGGGGCGGAAGAGAUUGGAACCCAUCAUUGUGAGGGGAGGAAAUUAAAUGUGAAGCGAGCAAGCAAAGAUGAGUUUGAGAAGUUUGUGAAGGAGGAGAGUGGGAGGAAACUGGGGGGGCUGUCGACGCCGGUGGCUUCAGCGCAUCAGAUGGGGAGCUGCAGGAUGGGUGUCGACCGGGACAAGUCAGUGGUCUGCCCAAGAGGAGAGACAUGGGAGGUGGAGGGGCUCUUUGUGGCUGACACCAGCGUAUUUCCAACUGCACUUGGUGUGAAUCCAAUGGUGACUGUCCAGGCCAUUUCUUACUGCACUGCACACUCCGUAAUUGAGUUCCUUGAGAGGAACGACAAAGCCAAAGAUGGCGGUACAUUCUAAUUGAAACAUUCAUAAAUCUAUUCAGACAGUCUCUGAUACAUAAAAUAGUAAGUCAAUUCUUCUUCUUAUAUAUUUUGUAACAGGUCAGGUCAAAUUGAACCUCGUACUUUAAUUGGAGCUAUAUAUGCUGUUUCUUACUU